AUGCAUCGUUUUGUAGCGGCCGUAUUUCGUCUGGUCAUUGGCCUGGUGAGUGGUUGGUGGACCCGGUUUUGUCUUCGAUUUCGGUCACCGUCUACCAUCUGUACGGUCACGAUCGGGCCCGGUAAGUUACGCGGGGUGACGGUAACGGCAAAGGGUUAUCACUACUUCAAGGGCAUCCGCUAUGCCGAGCCUCCGAUCGGUGAUCUGCGUUUCAAGCCUCCCGUUCCGCUGAAGACGUUCUCGCAACCCGUGGUGGACUGUUUUGUGGAGGGAAACCGAUGUAUACAGUACGAUCAAAUCUUGAAAGUGUUGAUCGGUUCCGAAGAUGGACUGUUCCUCAACGUCUACACACCGGCACUACCUGACGAUAAGCAGCAGCCGAACCUUCCGGUAAUGGUGUACAUUCACGGGGGAGGAUUUAAAUGCGGCAGUGGGAAUGCAUUCCUGUACGAUCCCGUCUUUUUUGUGCAGCGUCGCGUGGUGAUCGUAACCUUCAAUUAUCGCCUGGGGCCGCUUGGCUUCCUUUGCCUACCGGAAGCAGGAAUCGAAGGCAAUGCUGGACUAAAGGAUCAGUUGAUGGCGAUACGUUGGGUCAAUGAAAACAUUGCCCAUUUCGGGGGUGAUCCGCAGUGUGUAACGCUCUUCGGAGAAAGUGCUGGUGCCAAGGCCGCUUUUUUGCAUUAUUUGUCGCCGGUGUCCAGGCAAUAUUUUCAUCGUGUGAUCUGUCAGAGCGGUGUGGCGUGUUCCGACUUUGCACUGCAAGUGGAGCCAACACUAAAAGCACGCAAAUUAGCCGAAUGCGUUGGCUAUACGGGCUCAUCCGCUACGGAAGCACUGGAGUCGCUUAUGAAUGCACCGGCUGAACAGUUGAUUAAACAUCAGCUGCAUACCCUGCACGAGUCCGAACGUUUCCAGGAGCUACAGUUUCCUUUCCGUCCUGUGGUGGAGGCUGAUAAACCCGGUGCCGUACUUACGCGGCAUCCACAAGAUGCACUUCGAUCGACGUUCACUCGUCCUAUUCCAAUCAUAACCGGUUGCAAUAGUGGCGAGGGUAUAAUGGCCUAUGCCAACGCCAAGAACCAUCUUAAUGCGUACAAUGACCAGCCAGACCGUUUGCUACCGCCGUGGCUUGAUGUACCGGCGACCAUUCGAACGGAGGUGGCACUACAAGUGAAAGGAUUCUACUUUGGCGAAGAACCAGUUUCGCGACGCACUUUGAUGCCAUUGCUUGAUCUGCUAUCCGAUAACGAGUACGUGACAGCGACACUUACUGCAGCCGAACUAAUGGCUCGACAUCAACCGCUGGUACCGCACUAUGCGUACUACUUUACCUUCGAUGGACGUUUCGGAAAUUUAAAGCAACUGCUGAACCUAUCGGACCUGCCCGGGGUCAGCCACGGGGACGAUGUGUUCUACAUGUUCCACUCGGCCCUCAAUGCUACGCUGGAGAAGGAUGCCGAUGAGCAUCAGGUGCGUGAUGCAGUAGUUACCAUGUGGACCAAUUUCGCACGACACGGAAAUCCAACGCCUGCUGAGUCCGAUAAGAAUCAUGUUACCUGGGAACCUGUGAAGCCAUGUGAUGCUGUGAGGCCGGUAGUGACCGUGAAGCAGGGCAAACUUCGGGGUAUCACGGCGACCUUGCCCAACGGUACGCAGUAUCACUACUUCAAGGGCAUUCCGUACGCGGAACCACCGGUUGGGGCGUUACGAUUUAAGGCACCGGUAGCGCUGCAACGAUACCGCAAACCGAUUGUCGACUGCUACGCCGAGCGUUCCAAUGCCGUCCAGAAAGACUUCUUUUCCGAUCGUGUCAGUGGCUCCGAGUCCUGUCUGUACCUGAACGUGUUCAGUCCUCGAUUGCCGGGUGAAGCGGAUGUUACGAAAGGGGUGCCGAAGCGGCCAGUUAUUGUCUUCAUUCAUGGGGGUGGUUUUAUGAACGGAACGGGGAGCAGUUUGUUCUACAAUCCGGAGUACUUUGUCCAAGAGGAUGUGGUCAUGGUCACGAUUAACUACCGGUUAGGUCCGCUUGGCUUCCUUUGCCUACCGGAAGCAGGCAUCGAAGGCAAUGCUGGACUAAAGGAUCAGUUGAUGGCGCUACGUUGGGUCAAUGAAAACAUUGCCCAGUUCGGGGGAGAUCCAGAGAACGUGACACUGAUGGGAGAAAGCGCCGGCAGUUUUUCCUCUUACCUACACAUGCUUUCGCCAAACUCGCGAAAGUACAUCCAUCGUGUAAUCUGUCAGAGCGGUGUGGCCUUUACCGAUUCAUUCUUCCAGGUCGAACCAGUGGAGAAGGCACGCAAGUUGGCACGCUUCUUCGGUUAUACUGGUGAUAGCGAUCAGGGUGCCCUUGAAACUCUCGAGCAGGUACCGGCACAUCUGCUGGCCAAGCAUCAGAACGAGGUCAUAAGCGAGGGCGAGAAAAAGCUCGCUCUCAUCUUCAUCUUCCGGCCGGUCAUUGAGCAGCAGCAGACUGACGACAGCAUCAUCACGCAGAACCCACAGGAGAUCCUGAAGACAUAUGACACCCUACGGCUGCCCCUGCUCGAGGGCUGCAAUAAUGGUGAGGGUAUCUUGGCGUUGCGCACGCUCGGAUCACGAUGGCAAUCGUUCCUCAAGUCGCCGGAGCGGCUCGUACCGGUGCUAUUAUCGAGUAAAGUACAAAACCUAGACCGAGCACAGGUUGGGCAGGAGCUGAAGCGUUUCUACUUCGGUGAUCGUCCACUGAGCGCCGAUCAGACGAUCAAUCGAAUGUGCGACCUGCUGUCCGACAACACCUUUAUCACUAAUUCGGUAACGAGCGCCGAAUGGAUAGCCAAAUAUCAACCAAAUGCACCCCACUAUCACUACCGCUUCACCUUCGAUGGAAGGUUCAGUAUGCUUAAGCGGCUCUUCCAACAGUCGAACGUUGCGGGUGCGUGCCACGGUGACGACUUGUUCUACAUGUUCAAUCCCUGCUUUCUGCCGAAGGUAUCCGAUGAUAGCGAUGAGGUACGCGUUCGACAAAUACUAAUAGCACUGUGGACAAGUUUCGCCAAACAUGGUAACCCAUCCGUUGAUGUGCCCACUGAUCUGGUACCAGAGAAGUGGACCCCGGUACGUAAGAUCGCACGUGAUGCAACCGAUUUCGACCUCGACUGCCUCGAGAUCAACGCAGCGCCCCGAAUGGUAAUCAAUCCGGGAGGUGAUCGGAUAAGACUGUGGCGUCGGCUACUGAAGCAAUACCGUUCCGACUACCUUUGAGGAACUAACGGUGCCGAAAUGUCCCGUGGUCCCAUGGAAAGCUGUUACUUACCACAGGUGUUGUUGAAUAAACAAAUGUUGCACCAAUGUUGUUAAAACAUCAACAUUACACCAGACUGUGAAUUUGGCUACCAAAUAAACAUCUUUCUUUGAGGAAACAC